GAGAUUUCUGUCGUGUUCUUAAAUUUCUCUCUUCAUGCCACUUUGGACUGGUGUGUUCUGAUCCAGUCACCAUGGAGCUCCACUGCACCGGUCUGCUCUCCCCUGCCUCGGAUUAUGUCGCACCGCUGUCCCCGUCCUCUGGCGGCCCCGGUGCAUCUCACGGCUCUGGCCGGGGGGCCAGUCCCAGCCUCAGCCCCGUUCGAGGGUCCAGUCCUGGCCCCGGCUUCUCGGGUCAGGCUGCCUUCAACUACAACCAGCUGGAGGGACGUUUUAAGCAACUUCAAGAUGAGCGGGAGGCGGUGCAGAAGAAAACCUUCACUAAGUGGGUCAACUCCCACCUGUCCAGAGUGUCCUGCCGGAUCACUGACCUGUACGUGGACCUGAGGGACGGACGAAUGCUCAUCAAGCUGCUGGAGGUCCUAUCAGGAGAGAGGCUGCCCAAACCCACCAAGGGUCGGAUGCGUAUCCACUGUUUGGAGAAUGUGGAUAAAGCUCUGCAGUUCCUGAAGGAGCAGCGGGUCCACCUGGAGAACAUGGGCUCGCAUGACAUCGUGGAUGGAAACCACCGCCUCACGCUCGGACUCAUCUGGACCAUUAUCCUCCGCUUCCAGAUCCAGGACAUCAGUGUGGAGACGGAGGACAAUAAGGAGAAGAAGUCAGCUAAAGACGCGCUGCUGCUGUGGUGCCAGAUGAAGACCGCGGGAUAUCCAAACGUCAACAUCCACAACUUCACCACCAGCUGGAGAGACGGGAUGGCAUUCAACGCCCUCAUCCACAAACACAGACCGGACCUGAUCGAUUUUGAUAAACUGAAAAAAUCAAAUGCUCACUACAACCUGCAGAAUGCCUUCAACCUGGCCGAGCAGCACCUGGGCCUCACCAAGUUACUGGACCCUGAAGACAUCAGCGUGGACCAUCCUGAUGAGAAAUCCAUCAUCACCUACGUGGUGACCUACUAUCACUACUUCUCCAAGAUGAAGGCGCUGAAGGUGGAGGGGAAGAGGAUCGGCAAGGUCCUUGACAAUGCCAUCGAGACUGAGAAGAUGAUUGACAAGUACGAGUCUCUGGCGUCGGAUCUGUUGGAGUGGAUCGAGCAGACCAUCAUCAUCCUCAACAACAGGAAGUUUGCGAACUCUCUGGUGGGAGUCCAGCAGCAGCUGCAGGCCUUCAACACGUACCGCACCGUGGAGAAACCACCCAAGUUCACAGAGAAGGGGAACCUGGAGGUUCUCCUCUUCACCAUCCAGAGCAAGAUGAGAGCCAACAACCAGAAGGUUUACACUCCCCGUGAAGGCAAACUCAUCUCAGACAUCAACAAGGCGUGGGAGCGUCUGGAGAAAGCGGAACAUGAGCGUGAGUUGGCUCUCAGGACGGAGCUCAUUCGCCAAGAGAAGCUGGAGCAGCUCGCCCGGCGCUUCGACCGUAAAGCCGCCAUGAGGGAAACGUGGCUGAGUGAAAACCAGAGGCUGGUCUCUCAGGAUAACUUUGGUUUUGACCUUCAGGCCGUUGAAGCCGCCACCAAGAAACACGAAGCCAUUGAAACAGACAUCGCCGCUUACGAGGAGCGAGUUCAGGCUGUGGUUGCUGUGGCAAAGGAGCUGGAGGCGGAGAGUUACCAUGACAUCAAACGCAUCACAGCCAGGAAGGAUAACGUGAUCCGUCUCUGGGAGUACCUGCUGGAGCUGCUGAAGGCCCGCCGGCUGCGCCUGGAGCUGAACCUGGGUCUGCAGAGGGUCUUCCAGGAGAUGCUCUACAUCAUGGACUGGAUGGAUGAGAUGAAGAUGCUGCUGCUCUCUCAGGAUUAUGGGAAACACCUGCUGGGCGUGGAGGACCUGCUGCAGAAACACACGCUGGUGGAGGCCGACAUCGCCAUCCAGGCCGACCGCGUCCGUAACGUCAACAGGAAUGCUCAGAAGUUUGCCAGCGAAACAGAGGACUAUAAGCCCUGUGAUCCUCAGGUCAUCCAGGAUCGAGUUGCUCACAUGGAGUUCUGCUACCAGGAGCUCAGUCAGCUGGCGGCGGAGCGUCGCGCUCGCCUCGAGGAAUCGCGGCGCCUCUGGAAGUUCUUCUGGGAAAUGGCCGAAGAGGAGGGCUGGAUCAGGGAGAAGGAGCAGAUCCUGUCCUCCGAGGACUACGGCAAGGAUCUGACGGGUGCACUACGCCUGCUGAGUCAUCACAAGGCCUUCGAGGACGAGAUGAGCGGGCGAGCUGCCCAUCUGCAGCAGACCAUCAGACAGGGGGAGGAGCUUGUGGCCGCCAAUCACUUUGGAGCCGACAAAAUCAGAGAGCGAAUCCAGGACAUCCAGGAGCAGUGGGCGGCUUUGGAGCGUCUUUCCACUGUGCGUAAAAUGCGCCUACAGGAUGCGUGCAACCAGCACCAGUUCCAGGCUGACGCGGACGACAUCGACACGUGGAUGCUGGACGUGCUGCGGAUCGUCUCCAGCGUUGACGUCGGCCACGACGAGUUUUCCACUCAGGCUCUGGUAAAGAAACACAAAGACGUUGUAGAGGAGAUCGCUAGCUACCGACCGGUCAUCGAUGCGCUGCACGAACAGUCGCGCAUGCUGCCUGCUGAGAAGGCCGACUCAGAGGAGGUUCAGAACCGGCUGGGGGGCAUCGAGGAGCGCUAUAAGGAGGUGGCGGAGCUGACGCGGCUCAGGAAGCAGGCGCUGCAGGACGCGCUGGCGCUCUACAAGAUGCUGAGUGAAGCCAAUGCGUGCGAAGUCUGGAUCGACGAGAAGGAGCAGUGGCUCAAUAGCACCGAGAUCCCGGAGAAACUGGAGGACCUGGAGGUGGUCCAGCACCGGUUUGAGAAUUUGGAGCCAGAGAUGAACAACCAGGCGUCCCGGGUUGCCGCAGUGAACCAGGUUGCCAGGCAACUGGUCCACAGUGGGCAUCCAAGCGAGAAAGAGAUCAAAGCCCAGCAAGAUAAACUCAACACUAGGUGGAGUCAGUUCAGAGACCUGGUGGAUCAGAAGAAGGACAGUCUGAACUCAGCUCUGGGUGUCCAGAACUACCAUCUGGAGUGUAAUGAGACCAAGUCUUGGAUCAAGGAGAAGACCAAGGUUAUUGAGUCGACCCAGGAACUCGGGAAUGACCUGGCUGGGGUCAUGGCUCUGCAGAGGAAGCUGACAGGAAUGGAACGCGACCUCGCUGCCAUCGAAGACAAACUGGGUGAUCUGGACAAAGAGGCGGAGCGUUUGGCAUCAGAACACCCGGAGCAGUCCGAGGGCAUCAGGGGCCGACUGGGUGAGAUCAAAGGCGUCUGGAACGAGAUGAAGGACACUCUGAAGAACCGUGAAGAGUCCCUGGGCGAGGCCAGCAAGCUGCAGCAGUUCCUUCGAGAUCUGGACGAUUUCCAGUCUUGGUUGUCCCGGACCCAGACGGUCAUCGCCUCAGAGGACAUGCCCAACACGCUGGCCGAGGCUGAGAAGCUGCUGGCCCAACACGAGGGCAUCAAAAAUGAGAUUCGCAACUACGAGGAGGACUACCAGAAGAUGCGGGACAUGGGGGAGAUGGUGACACAGGGACAGACGGAUGCGCAGUACAUGUUCCUCCGGCAGCGACUCCAGGCACUCGACACAGGCUGGAACGAGCUGCACAAGAUGUGGGAGAAUCGGCAGAACCUCCUGUCCCAGUCGCAUGCGUACCAGCUGUUCCUGCGGGACACCAAGCAGGCUGAGGCCUUCCUCAAUAACCAGGAGUACGUCCUGGCCCACACGGAGAUGCCCACCACGCUGGAAGCCGCAGAGGCCGCCAUCAAGAAGCAGGAGGACUUCAUGACCACGAUGGAUGCCAAUGUGGAUAAAAUUAAUGGCGUGGUAGACACUGGGCGCCGCCUAGUGGCUGACGGCAACAUUAAUGCUGAACGCAUCCAGGAGAAGGUGGACUCCAUCGACCAGAGACACAAGAAGAACCGAAUGGCUGCCAGUGAGCUGCUCAGCAGGCUGAAGGACAACAGAGACCUGCAGAAGUUCCUGCAGGACUGUCAGGAGCUGUCUCUGUGGAUCAACGAAAAGAUGCUGACGGCUCAGGACAUGUCCUACGACGAGGCCCGGAAUCUCCACAGCAAGUGGCUGAAACACCAGGCCUUCAUGGCCGAGCUGCAGUCCAACAAGGAGUGGCUCGACAAGAUCCAGAAGGACGGCAAAGUGCUGAUCACAGAGAAACCGGACACGGAGAUCAUGGUCAAAGAGAAGCUGGCCUCUUUGAAGACCAUGUGGGAGGAGCUUGAGUCCACCACCCAGACUAAAGCCAAGUGUCUGUUUGACGCCAACAAGGCAGAACUGUUCACUCAGAGCUGUGCCGACCUGGACAAAUGGCUGGGCGGCCUGGAGGGACAACUGCACUCUGACGACUACGGCAAAGAUCUGACCUCUGUCAACAUCCUCCUGAAAAAGCAACAGAUCCUUGAGAGUCAGGUGGAAGUGCGCCGGAAGGAGGUGGAGGAGCUGAAGAGCCAGUCGCAGGUUCUCAGCCAGGAGGGCAAAGGCUCAGAGGAGGUGGACGGUCAGAGGAUCACAGUGGAGAAGAAAUUCCAGGGUCUCCAGGCGCCGCUGCAGAAGAGACGAGAUUACCUCAUGGCAUCUCGUGAAAUCCACCAGUUCAACAGAGACAUGGAAGACGAGAUUCUGUGGGUGGAGGAGCGGAUGCCUCUGGCCACGUCCAUGGACCACGGCCACAACCUGCAGACUGUGCAGCUGCUCAUCAAGAAGAACCAGACCUUACAGAAGGAGAUCCAGGGACACCAGCCGCGUUAUGAUGACAUCUUUGAGCGCAGCCAGCACGUGCUGCGGGCGGACAGUCCGACGGCUGAGCUGAUCCGCCAGCGGCUCGCUGAACUCCAGUCCCUGUGGGAACAGAUCAGGAAGGAGACCGAGAAACGCCACGCCCGCCUCAGCGAGGCUCACGAGGCCCAGCAGUACUUCUUUGAUGCUGCCGAAGCUGAAGCCUGGAUGAGUGAACAGGAACUCUACAUGAUGUCAGAGGAAAAGGCCAAGGACGAGCAGAGUUCAGUGGCCAUGUUGAAGAAACACCAGAUCCUGGAGCAGGCGGUGGAGGAUUACGCCGACACCGUCCACCAGCUAUCCAGCACCAGCCGAGGCCUUGUGGCUGCCGGACACCCUGACAGCGAACGCAUCGGGAUGCGUCAGUCACAGGUGGAUAAGUUGUACGCCGGCUUGAAGGAUUUGUCGGAGGAGCGUCGCGGGAAACUGGAUGAGCGUUUCCGCCUCUUCCAGCUGAACAGGGAAGUGGACGACCUGGAGCAGUGGAUCGCUGAGCGGGAGGUGGUGGCCGGGUCUCACGAGCUGGGUCAGGAUUACGAGCACGUCACAAUGCUGCAGGAGCGUUUCAGAGAAUUCGCCCGUGACACCGGCAACAUCGGACAAGAGCGCGUCGACGGCGUGAACCGGCUGGCAGAUGAGCUGAUCAACGCCGGCCACACCGACGCCGCCACCAUCGCUGAGUGGAAGGACGGCCUGAACGAGGCCUGGGCAGACCUGCUGGAGCUCAUCGAUACCCGAACGCAGAUCCUCGCCGCCUCCUACGAGCUCCACAAGUUCUAUCACGAUGCAAAGGAGAUUCUCAGCCGAAUCCUGGAUAAGCAUAAGAAGCUUCCGGAGGAGGUGGGCCGUGACCAGAACACAGUGGAGACCCUGCAGAGAAUGCACACCACGUUUGAGCACGACAUUCAGGCUCUGGGCACACAGGUGCGACAACUUCAAGAGGACGCAGUUCGUCUCCAGUCCGCCUACGCUGGAGAUAAAGCUGACGAUAUUCAGAAGCGAGAGUGCCGAGGUAGAAAGGAAGAGGUUCUGGAGGCCUGGAAGAACCUACUGGAGGCUGUGGAGGGCCGCAGGGUGAAGCUGGUGGACACCGGCGAUAAGUUCCGCUUCUUCAGCAUGGUGCGGGAUCUGAUGCUGUGGAUGGAGGACGUCAUCCGCCUGAUUGAGGCCCAGGAGAAGCCCCGAGACGUGUCAUCUGUAGAGCUGCUGAUGAACAACCACCAGGGCAUUAAGGCGGAGAUCGACGCCCGUAACGACAGCUUCACAGCUUGCAUCGAGCUUGGCAAAGGCCUGCUGGCCCGGAAGCACUACGCCUCAGAGGAGAUUAAAGAGAAGUUGCUGCAGUUGACGGACAAGAGGAAAGAGAUGAUUGACAAGUGGGAGGACAGAUGGGAGUGGCUUAGACUGGUCCUGGAGGUGCACCAGUUCUCCCGGGACGCCGGCGUGGCCGAAGCGUGGCUGCUGGGUCAGGAACCCUACCUGUCCAGUCGUGAGAUCGGCCAGAGUGUGGACGAGGUGGAGAAACUGAUCAAACGCCAUGAGGCCUUUGAGAAGUCCGCCGCCACCUGGGAGGAACGCUUCUCUGCGCUGGAGAGGCUGACAACGAUGGAGUUACUGGAAGUGAGACGAAAGCAAGAGGAAGACGAGAAAAGGAGAAAAACCCCGCCCACUGAGAGUCAGCCCACCAACACGGCCGCACAGCACCGGGAGGGGGAGCUGGUGUCUCAGAACGGGCUGCCGUCUGACCAGGAGUCUCCCAGGGAGAACCUAGAUGGGGCUGACGGUGAACGGAUGUCGGAGCCAGCCCCGGAGGGUCUCCUGGGGCAUCUCGCAGGGGCCAAGUCCAGCCAGGCGGCAACGCUGCCGGCCAAAGCCCAGCAGGACACGCCCACUUCUCAGCUGGAGGGCUUCCUGCACCGCAAGCAUGAGUGGGAGGGGCAUAACAAGAAGGCUUCAAGCAGGUCAUGGCACAACGUCUACUGUGUGAUCAACCAGCAGGAGCUGGGUUUCUAUAAGGACCAGAAGAGUGCUGGGCAGGGGAUCCCCUACCACAGCGAGAUCCCCGUCAGCCUGAAGGAGGCCGUGUGUGAGGUGGCGCUCGACUACAAGAAGAAGAAGCACGUCUUCAAACUCAAAAUCAACGAUGGGAACGAGUAUCUCUUCCAGGCCAAAGAUGAUGAGGAGAUGAACACGUGGAUUUCCACCAUCUUGGCUGCUGUGUCAGGUGACAAACCGGAGGUCACUCCCAGCAGUCACAGCACGCCAGCGCCUGCCACGCGCGCUCAGACGCUUCCCACCUCCGUUGCCACGGUGACGGCGGCCGAGUCCAGCCCAGGCAAACGAGAGAAGGACAAAGAGAAACGCUUCAGUCUGUUCAGCAAGAAGAAAUAGACACGCCUCCUCCUUCCCGCCGCAUUCUCCUCCGGUGCUGUUUGGGUUCUGCCCUCGUUAUCGAUCAAUUGAUCUUUGGUCUGAUAUUUGUUGAAGGUUUGAUUUUAGACUCCGCUGGUAGCAACUGAUACUGUAAAAACUAAAACUAACAGAAUGAGCGACUAACGCCUGAAAUCCGUUUAAAUUCCAUCAAACGUUGGAAAGCUUCACUGUAAAAA